GAUCCCCACUCUCCUUCACUCCAAAUCUGAAACUGAAACGCACGCUCUCUCUCUCUCUCUCCAUCUCUUCCCAUUUCGAUCUCCAUGACCCCACUCAAUCUACAAGAGAUCAUCAACGAGAUAUUUAAAAUUAAAAACGAACAAGCAAAAGUGUUGACCGAAAUUUUUGUCUCGAAGUGACGAAUAUGCUCCGAUCUUCAACCCGGUUGGUAUUGGUCGAUGCUAAUCCCACAUCGAUUAAUGCGUUGCCAGCGGAGACUGUCGUUUACUUCUUCUUCUUCUUCUUCUUCUUCUUCAACGCCGUCGUUUCGCACAAGUAGCAGCAGCAGCAGCAGCUCUCAUAGAAAUAAUACAGCAACAACGAUGAUGGUACCAGAACGUGCCCCUCUCAUCCUCCGCCGGUUUCUGUUAUUGGUGUCGUUUUCGCUCUGUUGCUUAGUUCUCUUCAAAACCUUCUCCCCCGAUUACUCUCUCCUCCGCUUUUCCUCCGCUUCUCUCUCUUCUCUUCCCUUCGACGAUUCCUCUCUGGUUAGUGAUGAAGCUAGGCUUGAAAAGGUUUUGAAGGAUGCUGCCAUGAAAGACAAGACUGUUAUUUUAACAACUUUAAAUGACGCAUGGGCAGCUCCAAAUUCUGUGAUUGAUCUCUUCCUAGAGAGCUUUAGAAUUGGAGAUCGCACCCAUAGGCUUUUGAACCAUUUGGUGAUUGUUGCCCUGGAUCAAAAGGCUUUUGCACGUUGUCUGGUUAUACAUACCCAUUGCUUUUCUCUUGUCACUGAAGGAGUAGAUUUUCAUCAGGAGGCAUAUUUUAUGACCCCUGAUUACUUGAAGAUGAUGUGGAGAAGGAUUGAUUUCCUGCGUUCUGUUCUUGAGAUGGGAUACAAUUUUGUUUUCACGGAUGCUGAUAUCAUGUGGUUCAGGGACCCAUUUCCACGGUUUUAUUUGGAUGCAGAUUUCCAGAUAGCAUGUGAUUAUUUUGUAGGUGAUUCUGAUGAUGUACAGAAUAGACCCAAUGGAGGGUUUAACUAUGUAAAGUCAAAUAAUCGGUCAAUAGAAUUCUACAAAUUUUGGUACUCUUCGCAUGAAACUUAUCCUGGAUACCAUGAUCAAGAUGUCCUUAAUAUAAUCAAGUUUCAUCCAUUCAUCAUGGAAAUUGGUCUAAAGAUGAAAUUCUUGGACACUGCUUACUUUGGUGGGUUCUGUGAACCUAGCAAAGAUUUGAAUCAAGUUUGUACAAUGCAUGCAAAUUGUUGUUAUGGUCUGAAUAGCAAGGUUAAUGAUCUCAGAAUUAUGCUUCAAGAUUGGAAGCAAUUUUUGUCUUUGCCACCAAGUUUGAAAAGAUUGUCAAUUUUAUCCUGGAGGGUUCCACAAAAUUGCAGUCUUGAUUCUCUCAAGCAUUAUGAUUCCCGGGCCCCGGCCCCGGCCCCAGAGAAGGAUGCUCAAGGAUUGCCAGAGUGACUUGACUUGUAUAUAUAUUUUCCUGAAAAACCUUACCUUGAAUGUGAAUUUGUGAACAUAUCUGAUGUCAAUGUAUCUCGGCGACGUUUCUUGUACGUGUACGGCUGGGUCAAUUGACCUUGUAUUUCUCCACCCCCAAGUAAGAGGAAUUUGGGAAAUAGGUGCAUGCCACACAUCUGAAGAAAUGUCUUUUUGGAAGAGAUGCCAGGAACCAGGAAGGAAAGUGCUACGCCAAAACUACUGGUCUGUUGUGGUUGUGAGAAUUUGAACCUAGUGGAAGUUUCUCUUCACAGUGGUAGGACAAGCUUUGUUCCACAAUGGUUGCACAGGAAGAUCUUUUGGACUAUUUCCACUUCAAUAGGAGACCUUUGGUAAUAAAUAUUUCAUCAUGCGUGUAUGCCAUAAGAGCACACUUCCCAUUCUUCAAAUCAUUUCUUAGCCAAACUGUAUCUAGUUACUCAUCAUCAGUUUUUGUAAAAUUCUACACCUUGCGCUGUGGAGAUGAGUUACUGUAGCAUUUUUCAUUUGGUUUUUAUUUUUAAAUUCUAAGAACGCUGUCUGAUUACAUGA